UCUCUAACAGUGUAUGUGUGAGUAGGAGCGAGGGAGAGGGAGGGAGGAAAACAGAGAGAAGUGGGGGGUAGGAAGUCAGCGAACACAGGCAGUAGGAAAUAGCACAGGAAGCAGAAGAAGAAGGCUGAUGUGCUGUGAAAAGCCAGGAGAUGCAAUGACGAAAUGAGCGACCAGUAAAGACACCAGCGUCCCGUCCUGGAGUCGUGACAGGGGGGUGGCUGCGAGACAAACUGAAACACAGUCGGAGGAAGUCACUCUCAGCAACAGACCCACGUCACCGGAUCAUGUCGUCCACUGGGUCAGGCAAGCACAACAAACGUCUGGCAUCGGACACUGAUCAUUCCCAGAGAGUGUUGGACAAUGAACACCUGAAGUUAAAAGAGAGACAGCGCUUUUUUGAAGAGGUCUACCAGCAUGAUGUGGACAACUACCUUCCCUCCACUCACCUGCAGAUUGACAGCAGGAAACCCCCCAUGGGGAGCAUAUCCUCCAUGGAGGUGAACGUGGAUGUGUUAGAGCAGAUGGACCUGAUGGACAUCUCGGACCAAGAAGCCCUGGAUGUGUUCCUCAACUCUGGCCCAGGAGCAGAUGAAGGAGCUCUGGUCUCUUCGAUAUCAGUUGCGGAGGAAGAGGAGGAUGAAGACGAGGAUGAGGAUGCCGAGGUUGUCUACAGAAAGUGUGAACCUGUGAAGAGACAAAACGAAGUUCACCAAGUUCACAAGUCUCGCGUGUCGUCGACAUCUUCUGGUUCCAGUGACACCAGCGGGGGAGGAGCCGACACCCCAGUGAUCCAGUCAGACGACGAGGAGGUGCACGCCGAUACCCUCCUCCUGACCACCAUCCCCCAGGCCCGGGAUGAAGACACAGAGGAUGAGGACGACGAAGAGAGAUGCCUUGUCACAAAAUCCUAAAGACUCACCUUGUUGACUUGAAACAGUGUCUCUCCAAGAAACCCGAGCAUGGUUUGCUGUGACGUCUGUGCUGUAACUUCUCAAUCAACGUGUGUGUAAAGCCUCUCUUUACAUCUAUUUUUUUUUUUUAAAUAGGAAGUGAAUGAGAAGCUUCCGGAUCUGUGGCAAGGAACUUUCAAGUUCGCUUGCAUUCACAUGCAAAUAACUGGAGAGGAUGCCUGAGUCAUCACUCAGCCAUUGUCACGUUAUGUUUAAAUCUGACUGCCGGAGGCGAAUAUGAGCAAAUACUCCAUGUGAAAACAGAACUAUGUUCUGUUGCAGACUUACUCAGAAAUCCACAAAAUCCUGUUCAGCUCUGACCGGCUUGUAAUUGAAGGUGGUGCGGAAAGAUUACCAUACAUACAAAAACACAACUCUUUUAAUGGGUUUUGUGAAACGGAAAAUAAUCCACAAAACAGGAUCUAUAACUGCAUGAAUAAAGUCGGAUAUCUUUAAGAUUUAGAAGGCGAUCAUUGGUUAAAGUGGAUGAUGCACAAAGAGGUAGUAUUUCCAAAUAAAUCGAUCCAUUUCAUGACACAGUAACAGGACUUCAUAAAUGGCUUGAGACCAAAGCUGAGACGCCACCACGUUCUUUCAGUUUGACUGGGCAAGACUUCAACAUGCGUCCACAAGUGAAUCCUUUGAAAUGAAACAAAGCGUGUGUCAACUACUUCAUCGAGCACGUUGAAGUGGCCUCGAUUUUCCUUGUGAGUCUAACUUCCUCGGAACAACUGAAUGGGUGUGUUAUUGUCUUUUGAACAAAGUCCACUUCUAAGUUAUUAAUUAUGUUGUGCUGUGGAUUAAAUCAUAAGGUCAGAGCGAUCCUGACUGACGGCUUGAAAGAGAAAUCCAAGGAGGGAUUAGCGGCGUGAAAAAUAAGUUGUUCUUCAGCGUUCCUUCUUCAUGACACAUCUAUGCAAACCCCACUUUGAAGUUGAUGGUUAUGAGAGUUUUAAGAGAGGAAGUCAUUUUAUUUUUACAUGUUUCAUUUUCAUCUGUUCUGUCCAUCUUUUUUUGGACGAUUAACUUGCCAACAACAAAUGGAGACCAUAUGUCGACAACACACAACUGUGGAGAAAUGUUAUUAUUGUGUCAUUACUUUGCAGGAAAGUUGAGUAGCUUUUUUUUUGGUGACAGUUAUGUACAGUACUACUGGUUGUCCUGUCAUUUAUUGGUGCCAUUCAAGUGUGUGUGUGUGUGUGUGUGUGUGUGUGUGUGUGAGUGUGUGAGUGCUUGUCGAGAACAGCAUUAAUUAUUAGUCAUUAAAUGUUUCUAAUAACUGUUAUCUGGAACAAAGAUGUCAUCUGCCUUCUUGCUUGAGGCACUCGUAAAACAAAAUAAAGUAGUUUUUUGCCCAUGGUUAUUUUUUUAUUCAAUAUAAUUUGUGGAUGAAUUUUGUUGUCAGAGUGUGAUUUAUUAAUAAACAACUA